CAUCUGGCUUGGGUUGGCGCUUUGUAUUGGUCCCUCUUUCUUCCUCUCUUCCUCUACUUUUGAGAGAAACCACAUUUCCGCUUCUGGCCAAAGAGACCUUGGAGGCGGCUGAGGAGAUAAAGGUGUUGGGACUGCUGUGACUUGCACCUCCCCCCUUUCUUCUCCCUUAAGUGUUUCCCCCUAGGGAACUUUUUUCAUCCUCGGGCUCUCUCUCGUGCUCACUUGCGCGCGCGCCCGUCCCCCCCCCCCCCACUCUCUCUCUCUCUGCUUUGACACGUCUGUGCUUCCCCUCUGACCUAGCCUAGAAAAAGGCUCAGCCCCUGGGAGAUGCUCUAAGAGACGGCUCCCUGAGAGCCCUGAGAGGCUGGAGGAUUCGGUUGGCACAGCCCGCUCAGCUGGAAGGAGGAAGAUGGGCUCCUGUGGACAGGGAUUCAUGCUGGGAUGCUGCCUGCUGCUGGCUGUCACCUGGGGCCCCGUCCUGAGCCUUGUGCCACGCGUUCAGGAGGAACAACAGGAGUGGGAAGAGACAGAGGAGCUGCCAUCUCCUCUGGAUCAUGUGACAAGGCCUGAAGAAACACGCGAGAAGCAUAGGCCUAGCCAGGGUGAGGGCCUCCCCACCUCCCGGUGCUACCGAUGCUGUGACCCCGGCACUCCUGUGUACCAGACAGUCCCUCCACCCCAGAUCAACAUCACCAUCCUGAAAGGUGAGAAAGGGGACCGAGGGGACCGAGGCCUCCAGGGGAAGUACGGCAAAAUCGGUUCCACGGGUCCCAGGGGCCAUGUUGGCCCCAAAGGGCAGAAGGGGUCGAUAGGUGCCCCUGGGAACCACUGCAAGAGCCAAUACGCAGCCUUCUCCGUGGGCCGGAAGAAGGCUUUGCACAGUAACGACUACUUCCAGCCCGUGGUCUUCGACACGGAGUUUGUGAACCUCUACAAACACUUCAAUAUGUUCACUGGGAAGUUCUACUGCUACGUGCCGGGCAUCUACUUCUUCAGCCUCAACGUGCACACUUGGAACCAGAAGGAGACGUACCUGCACAUCAUGAAGAACGAGGAGGAGGUGGUGAUCCUGUACGCGCAGGUGAGCGACCGCAGCAUCAUGCAGAGUCAGAGCCUGAUGCUGGAGCUGCGUGAGGAGGAUGAGAUAUGGGUGCGCCUCUUCAAGGGCGAGCGCGAGAAUGCCAUUUUCAGCGACGAGUUUGACACCUACAUCACCUUCAGUGGCUACCUGGUCAAGCCAGCCUCUGAGCCCUAGCGGACGACCCGAGGAGCUUCCACGGGCUGCUGACCUCCUUGCCUGGCACCCUGACCUAUCCUUGCAUUCUACGGACGCUGGAGUCCUGCCCCAGGCUGACCCCAUCGUCUCUCUGCUCCAGCCUGGCGUCCUUGGCCGUGGCUUCCUCAGUUUUGGUUUUUGACAAGAUGCCCUUGGCCACUGAGAAGCCCAAAGGACCGCGGGCCCCAGAUCUGGCUGCUUCUCUAAGCGGAGAGCUGUCGGUGGAUGAAAUCAUUGGGCGGGGAGCCUGUGAGGACAUUGGGGGACCUCCAGCUCCUUCUGUGUACACAGCCUUAGACGACCCUGUGCUGUGUUGUCCUGUGGUCACAGGGUGUUCCAGAACACAGCCCCUGUGUGUUCCCUUUCCUGGACGCAUGGGUUUCUUAGGAACGAAGUAAAGCAGAAAAGAGAGAGAAAGGUGGUGUUAGUUUUGGCCUUCCAGACAGCUGGAGAGAGAGAGAGAGAGAGAGAGAGAGAGAGAGAGAGAGAGAGAGAGAGAGAGAGCGAGAGAGAGAGAGCUGUUUUGUAUUGGGGAAACUGAAGCACAGGGAAAGUAUGAAUGGUGACAGAGGAGCUGCAGUAUAUGGGUUUGGAAGCCACAUGUGACUUGACUCUAGGCCAUACAUGAGCUUUCCCGGGGACAGCAGGACUGACCCCCGAGCUCUGUUGACACGCUAUAGCCUUGCCCAGGGACUUGCCAGUCUUUCCGAGCCACACUAGUGAAAGCGUUGGGGGAGGGCAGGCAGCAAGUGUCCUCCAUGCUUGACUCUGGGCUGGUGGCAGUGUCCUGCUUGCCCCAGCUCACAGGAUCCUGACAGUGGCUGGGGACCUCAGGGACCCCUGCAGCUUUCUCUGUAAGAAAGAAAAUUCUUACUAUGUGCCAGGACCUCUCUGCUCUACUCCACUUCCCCAGCCUCUCUGGAACCUAGGGUGGGUGGUCUCUCUUGCCUGUUGGGGCAUCAGUUCCCGUUCCUCCUUCCUGGUGGAUUAACCACGGAAAGACCAGGCCUCUGAUCGGGGUUCCCAAACUGCCCCUUGCCAUCCGCAGGGUCCUGCUUCCUUCCCAGCCCAGCAUUCCGUCUGGGUACUUGAUGCGUUAACCUGCUAGAACUGAUGUGUCUGAUAGACCUGCCAGCCCUGACCCAGCUCUAGCCAGUCUAUGACCAUGUGAGAGGGACUUCCUUUGGGUCCCAGAGCUGAGGCAGAGCUGAAAAAUCUACCUAUUUCCAGGUCAAUCCCCAAGUGGUAGAAGGGGAAACAGGAAAUGCAUGUCCCAUCCACCAGCUCAGACUCAGGGAUGGCCUCAGGGCUGAUUCUCUGAUUGCAGGGAAUCUGUGUUCUUUCCCCAUCUCAGCCCACGUUGAUCCCCAGGGCCUGGGCCACUGGACAUCUGCUUAGUGACAACUAGGCCUUGCUUGCUGCUUCCUGGUGGCCCUUGGUUAGGAUCCCUCUCUUCUCCUUCUGGCUCGCAGUGUGUGCAUAUGCCUCCUCCAAAGGGGCUUCUGCUGGUGAGACUCUCGAAGCCACUUUCCAUGGGCAUGCCUAUAGCAGAGGGUGCUGCCUCCUGUGCUCUACUCUGCUCUUUCCAGAAAACAUUAAAACUUGUCAUAGCAACCCACAGCAAACUGGUGUUUUUGUCUGCUCAUUGUAUAAAGUGCUCCUUUUUCCCUCCUCUCCAUCUAGAGUGCUCCUUUCCCCCUCCUACCCAUCUAAAUGUUCCUUCUUCCCUUUUCCCUAUCUAGGUACUCCUUUUUUUCUCCUCCCCAUCUAGAGUGCUCCUUC